UCAAAAUUUCAGUCUUACGAAUCGAAUAUAUUAAGAAGUGACGGGUGUGCCUCUCUGCGUCUACCUGGAAUGAAGGUCACAGUGGCAUGCGAUUUGACUGGUGCAAAUGUAUUUCCAUUAGAAGUAAACGGCGAUAUGGAAAUGGAAAAUUUUUUGGCGCUUUGCAAAUUUGAAAUUUCUGUCUUGAAUGAUAUACCGAUGUCGCAGUUGAGCAUCAUUCAUAAUGGACAUACAAUAAAUGUGAAUGCAAGCAAUUUGAAAACAACUUUGAAUGAUUGGAAAAUAUAUGACAAUAAUAUAAUUGUUCUGGUAGCAAAUGUACCAACAACAUCUUCCAAACGACCUCAGUAUCCCAAUGCUCUGGUUGCUGAUUUAGUAAAGUCAAUAAGGGUGCCGCAGGACAGCAUGCGUCAUGACAUCAGUGAUCUGAAAGUUAAUGAACUUGCGCAGCUUCGUGUACUGUUCGAUGAACUUAGGAAUAACGUGGAGCGUCGUGAUCGUCUGCGUAAUGUUGUACCAAAUUUAAUUGCUGCAGUCGAAAAAAAUGAUUUCGAUAUGUUUAAAAUGAAAUAUAUUGCUGAACGAGAAAGUGCCUUUGCUCGAGAACGAGCAAUGCUUGAUCCAACAAGUGCCGAAGGACAGCGAUUGAUUGCUGAACAGAUCCAACGUGAAAACAUUGACUUUUCACACCAGUUCGCAAUGGAACAUAUGCCCGAAGCUUAUAUACCUGUCUUAAUGUUGUACAUCAAAAUGAAAAUAAAUGGAGUCGAAGUAAAAGCAUUCGUGGAUUCAGGAGCACAAGUGUCCAUAUUAUCUGAUUCCAUUGCGCAGCGUUGUAAUUUGAUGCGCCUAGUGGAUAAGAGGUUUCAAGCAACAGUGCAUGGAGUUGGUGGCGCUCAACAAUUAUUGGGAAAAAUACACGCAUGCCAAGUUCAAGUUGAAGAACAGUUUUUCUCAUGUAAUUUCGAUGUUCUGGCAAAUCGUGAUAUUGAUGUUCUGCUUGGCCUCGAUAUUCUUAAACGACACCGUUGCGUCAUCGAUUUACAAAACAAUUGUUUGCGAUUCGGCAAAUCAGCAGUUACACAUUUCCUACCAGACUCUGAAGUUCCACAAAGAAAUCUGGAACGAGUCGGGACUACAAAUGCUACUAAUGCAAAUGCAGAAGUGGACAGCGCAAAAUUGGCUUCACUGAUGGCACUUGGUUUUGAGGAAGGAGCAGCCCGUGCAAUGCUUAUACAAUGUGGAAAUGAUGUUGAAGCGGCGGCUGCAAAUUUAUUAGCCAGGCAAUCAACGCUGUGA